CUGGUGUUAAACCGCAGCAGAAGCAGCGCUCAAGUUCCCGGAUGUUCCCGAUUUGAGGAAGUCAGUCACAUGACAACAAACCGCAGGGAAGCAGCUGAUGAGCUUUUUACUGUUUAUUUAUCUGUAAAUAUAUAAACAUAAAGCCUGAGAGACCACAACAGGAGCAUGGAGAAUGAUGAACUUUCGCCAGAGGAUGGGAUGGAUCGGUGUGUCCGUGUACUUGAUGGUUAGCAUCACAGCAGUUUAUUACAUUUUCGAGAUCAAUCAGACGUACAACCGACUGACGCUGGAGAAGACGAGCGGGACACACCCACCCAUGCAGCGUGACGCAGACUCCGCCCACUCUCCGUUCUCUCUGUCCUCCUGGAUGCAGAGCGUGAAGUCGCGGCUCCUCCUGAUGCCCUUCUGGCUGUGGGCGGUCCUCUUCCUCGUCCCGUACAUACAGGUCUUCCUCUUCCUCUACUCCUGCACCAGAGCCGACCCCAAGACCGUGGGUUACUGCAUCCUGCCCAUCUGCCUCGCCCUGCUCUGUAACAGACACGCCUCCUUCACCAAGGCGUCCAAUCAGAUCAGCAGACUGCAGCUGAUUGACACCUGAUGUGGGCGGGGCUUCUAUACGGUUUAUUCACAGGAACAAAACAUUCAGAUGAACGACGAGACGAGCGACGCUUUCUACAGUCUGCUAAAUCACUCCAAACUACUUUAUACCAUCAAAUAAAUCAGUACUUUAAACUCAUGAUGAUGAUGAUGAUGAUGAUGAUGAAUGAACCAACUCGACUAGGAUUAUUUUUAAUUUUUAUUUAACAGUUUGGACCCGGUACACAAAAUAAAAACAAUAAUAAAUAAAUGAUUUCUUUCUUUUUUUUUCUUUUUUUUAUAUAAUAAUAAGAUAUAUAUAUUUUUUAUAAACUCUGAGCAAGUCGCCUUGUAAUUAAAGUUGUGGUAAAGUUACACGUUAGUUUUAUUUAAAUCUUUACACGUCCCUCAGAUUGUUUAAGUACACGUAAAAGAAAAAUACAAAAUCUGAUCAAAUGAAGCUUGAAUCAAUAAUUUAUUCAAAUUAGUCUUUAAUAAGUGAAUAAUAAUUAAAGUUAAUAAGUUAAUAAUUGAAAGCUGUAAAAAUUGUUGAGAUUUUAUUUAUUUAGUUACAUUUUGAUUUGAUUUUGUUCUUUAUUGUUUUCUCAGAAAGUGAAAUCUCUUUUCUGCUGUUCGUUAAGCAGCUGCAGUCGUGUGGGGUUUUGUUUUAAACACAAAUCUACUUCAGUGUCAAAAUCCGUUUAUAAAAAUAAAACACAAAUUUAAAUAAAACUUGCAAUAAGACUGUU